AUGGAAAGUACACGUAUUUGUGUUCAAUUGUGCGUCUUUGUGGCGUUCGUCACCGUCGCUGUCGCAGAUAACCGAAACAUAUCUGAAUGCCCGGGUCCAUUGACGUAUUACAAGGAUCUUGGAUGCACGCCAAUAUACAACAAUAAGGACAUUUGCCCGAAAAGUUUCAACUGUAAUCAUAUCAAACUAAGAUCUAGGGACAAUUGUUAUAUUAACGGCCAUGUAUAUAAUUCCAACGAACUUCUUAACCCUAACGAUUCAAACGUUUGCGAUAUCUCAUGUAUUUGCAAACUUUCAUUUAUCCAAAAUCAAAUUGCUGCGUUUCAGUGUUUGGAAUACCAAUGUACCAGGAUAGAGAUACAUGAUGGUUGCUAUUUACGGGAAGAACCAACAAACUGUUGCAAAAAUCAGCAAGAAAUUUGUCCUGUAAGAAUGAAUAACAUACCUAUUUGUCGUGUAAACGGUCAUGCAUAUAUGGAUGGUGAAUCUUUCACUGUGGAUGAAGAACCCGAUUUGAUUUGCAAUUGCCUACCAGGAUACAAAGGUGAAAAUGUUCCACCUUUUUGUAUCAAGCUUAAUCAUUCUCCGUGUCUUCACCCUGCAUUCAGUCACAAUGAUUACUUUCGUCAAAAUUGUGCUCCAGUUUUCAAUGAUUACAUAGAAAAGAACAUGUGUUAUGUGGCGAUGUUAUGUCAUACUCCUGGCGACAUUGUCAUUUCUAACCGAUUACCUUUUAUAAUGAAUGACUAUAUUAAUAUGUGCAUAUUUGGUAAUUUGCUAAUGCAAAUUGGAGACAGACUACAGCCAUCUCCAGAAUAUAUGGUCGAGAGUAUUGAUUGCACUUGCGAAGUACCACCUGUACUAACUUGUAUGUAUAUCAGACAAUGUUCGGAUAGCAUUCUAUUCUCUAAAGUAACCAUCCCAAAGCAACCAUCACCGUAUAUACGUAGAAGCAAUCACGUGAUGCAAGUUAUGUGGCAGUCGGAAUACAACAGUGCCAAAAGUGGGCUCUCCAAGCUGACGGACGAAUGCAGUUUGGAAUAUGCAUGA